CCCGCCUCUUUUCCUGCGUCACGUUAAGCCCGACCAACCCGAAAGGGAAGACCCUCUCCGUUCUCCUUCAUUGGCCAAACCCUGAAGCUUUCUCGCGGCUUGGCGGCUGGGAGGGAGGGCAUACAUCCUCACCUCUACGUUCGCCGUCGAGUUGCGGCUGCCUAGAAGGGACCCACGUUUGUUGUUGUUGGUUUUUUAACCCCUUCUGUUCUGGCGAAAGCACCGAGUUUGCCAUAAACCCAACUGCGUCACCAGUUUGGCUGGCGUUUAAUUCACCACCUGUUUCCCUCCUCGGCGUUGAGGGAACUGGAGCCCCAGGCUCGGCUCCUCUGCCUCGCUAUUGGUUCCUCCGCGCGUCAAUCAUGGAUUCCGGCUAUGUGACGCAAGAACACCCUAAAAGGCAAUGAUGAGUGCGGUAGAUGGCGGGAGCGGAUUGAUGUGGGCGAAGGCAGUUCUUCGUACAAGCCACAGAUCGGCGUCAUUCACAGAUAGGCUUUCGGCUGCCUCGUUUUCAGAGUAUCCUCGGCACAGGCCUUUCAUUAAUGCUGAUAUGAGCCGAUCCCCCGCCAGACCUGUAAGGGCAUAUCCAGAGAGUAAUAGCAAAGCGAUAUUCUCGGCUCUGAAAAACUUACAAGAGAAGAUACGACGGCUGGAGCUGGAAAGGAUUCAAGCAGAGGAGAGUGUGAAAAACUUGACCAGGGAAACCUCAGACUAUAAGAAAGUGCUAAAUGAGCAGUUGCAGGAACAGGAGCAUUCAAAACUAGAGGUAUCCAGGAAGAAUGAAGCAUUGGCAGCACAGCUGGCGGGUGCUGAGACAAGGUGCAAUCUUCUGGAGAAGCAGCUGGAUUACAUGAAGCAAAUGAUAGAGCAGGCUGAACAUGAGAAGUCCUCUGUCCUGGAGAAGCAGGCCAGCUUAGAAAGAGAGAGAAUCUUUGAUCAGUCUCAUGUGAAGUCUAAACUGGAAAGGCUAGACAUGCUGGAGAAAGAAUAUGCAAGGCUUACGGCAAUGCAGACGCUUGCAGAGAAAAAAAUGAAAGAACUGGAGGAGAAGCUCCAAGAGGAAGAGCGGGCACGGAAACUGGUGCAGGAAAAAGCUGCUGAGCUUCAGACUGGAUUGGAAGCAAAUCGAAGGUUGUUGCAGGCACAGAAGCAGGCAGUCCUGGCGUCUGGACCUUCAAAACCAAAGAAGGCAAAGAAGAAAGUAAAGCAGCUGGAUAAGAAUGACUCUGGAACGAGCCACUUCCAUCCUCAGCCUCAUUACAGGCUGAGUUUGGGUGAUGUGCCAUUUGUUGCUGGAAAGUCUACCAGCCCCAGCCAUUCAGUGGGAGCCAAUGUGCAGCAUGUGCUGCACCUCAUGAAGCAUCACUCAAGAGCCCUUUGUAAUGACCGGGUGGUCAGCGAAAUCCCCCUGAGUCAACAGGCAAGCAGAGGCCGGCGAUCUUCCCUGUCGUCCAUUUCGUCCUCUUCCCAGGGAGACCUUUCUGAAGUGCUGCUGACUUUGCAAGAUGAACUUGGGCAGAUGAGUUUUGAUCACCAGCAUUUGGCAAAACUGAUCCACGAAGCUCCGACCGUUGCCUUACGAGAAGACCUGGAGAGGGAACUGGAAGUUCUGGUGAAAAAGAUGGAGGCCAAAGCUGAACAGAUCUCAAAAAUCAAAAAGCAUCAGGCACGGCUGGAGAAACACAGGAGACACAGCAAAAGCAAGCGGUCGAGUUCUGAAGAGCCACGACGGAUCAGUGGCGAAGAGAGAAUGGUGCCCUUUCCUGUCAAGGUGAAAGACUUUGGCCUGAAGGAGAAGCCAGGUGAGCGCGGCAAGAAGAGCUUGCAGUUGCUGAGGGAAAUGCAAAGCAUCCAGAGCUCCCUUCAGAAAGAUGACAUCAGUUGGGAAUAUUGAAGCCUCUCGCUCUCUUUUUAUAAAUCGUUGGUAACAUUUUUGUCAUUCUAGCUGUAGCCCAGCUGGUUUCACUUCUGGGCAAAAGAUUAUGCCGUAGGUGCACUUUCUAAACAACCCUCCCCAUAUUCCACCUGUAGGCCAGCCAGAUCACAUUUCAGUUCUGAUGGCAAGUGGGGGAUGAGUGGAAAGGAGAUAAGACCACCCUAUCUUGUUAGUAUUAUUAUUUUAAUAUGUUACUGCGCCCUUUGCAUUUCUGCCAGUGGUGGGUUUCCUGUGAAGCUUAAUCCUUGCCCUACAGCUUUGCCUUAAACACUUAAGUUAAUUGUUUACCUCAGGGACUCUAAAGACAAUAAUCCCCACCCACCCCUAAAUUGGAGGUGACAAAGGUUUUGCUGCCUUGGACAUACCGUCUGUGUGGAUUUUUGCUCCCUCUCAUAAGCAUACACAAUCUUUGAGGAAAGAUGAUAAUGGGAGGAAAGGGACCCCAUAAAGACUUAUAAGUAAUAAUGGCUUCAUUGUGACCCCUUCAGUAGGUAUUUUGUUCAGGUUAGACAGUUCUUUCACUUUUCUUCUUCUUCUUUUCUACUGCCCUCUUUUUGUGUGUGGAGUAUGCUGUGUUACCGCCACUUCGUUGCUUCAUCCCUUACUAUUUUAAGGUAAAAUAUUCCCCAUUUUGAAAUACAAUUUUUUUAAUAAAAGGGCAAACAAACACGCACUCACUUUGACAUUAAAUAACUUUUUAAAAAACAAACUUCUUAACAUUCAGGGUGGUUCAGAGUUUGGUCUGUGGUAACUUUAAUGAGGUUCCAGAAUGGGACGGAAUAGCCAUGUAGAUGUUCUCGUAGAACAUGAGGUAAAUGUAAAUAUAUAUUAAAAAAUCAGAUCAUGCUGUUCUUACAUUGGCAGCUUCUUUUUAACCUGAAAACUAUUAUUUGUGGUCUAGGAGAUCUGGUGGCUGUUGUGGAUAUAAAAUGAUGUAUAAACAGAAAUAUAUUAUUUAUUACAUUAAUAAUGGGAAAGAUUUCUAAUGAUUGGAAUGUAAGGCUGGCUCAGAUUGCCUGUAUUUUUCUGAGAUUUGACUGGAAUCCAAUAAAGGCAGCUUGCUAAGUGAAGAAAUUAAGUGGGAAACUAUUGACAGGUGGGCUUUGCAAGUCUAAUGCUAACCCAGAAAGGUUUUGAAAGUGGGUUGUGUCAAGGAUUGGUGUUUCCAUUUUUGUUAACAUUCUAUGCUCCCCUCAUGAUCUGUGCUAUCUGUAGAGCGAGU